AUGGAUUCACGCGAUGGUUCGGCGCGUGAGAGCGUCGAUAGAGGGGCGCUGGGGGGAGGUGAGAAUGGCAACGGCAGCGAGUUUUAUCGGCAUGGAGAGAACGAAAGUAGCGCGAGCAUCUUUGAGGGGGUCGAGAUGGCACACGAAGAGCUCUUUGCCGGUCCAGUCGCCGAGUCUCUCCCCACCAGUGUCUCUGCCUUUAGCCACCGCCGUUCCCGUGCCGAUUCGACUGCCAGCUUCUCCUUCUACCAAGACGAGCAGGAGGAGCAGGACGAAGAAGAGGACCGUCACCGCGCGAGCCUCAGUGCAUCGGUGUUCGCACCCAACGAAGGACGACCUUCGGUGGACGAUCUCGACGAGCUACCGUUCGAAGACGAUUUCGACCAAGAAGACCGGCUUCUCGAGGACCAGGACGACUCGACCGAUAUGGAGCGCAAUUCCGCCUAUGGAGAUCAUGUCUUUCUCCGCCGAACGUCGACACAGUCGAGGGGGUCCGUUAGGAGCCGGCUGCUGCUGCGGCACGACAGCAGUAUCUCCGCGGGUAGCGGGUACGGGGCGAAUCGACACAGCCAGAAAGUGUACAUGGUGAACGAGGAUCUAUACAUCGCCAUCGCCGGUUUCCGGACGAGCCGCGUGGGCUUCGCGAUAUACAUACUGUUGUGCCUCUUGACGGUUGGACUUGGGUGGCUUAUUUUUCGCUGGCUCCCGCGAUGGCAUAUCAAGCUAGUUGGCAGACCUUCACCUCUUCGUGACUGCGAAUGGGUGGUGGUGGAAAACCAGUGGAACGAAAUGGCGAUAUUGGAUGUCUCGUCGCGGCCGUACGGGAGGUCGCUGUCAACGGUGUUUGGAGCUCCCGGGAAAAUGUCGUCCUAUCUCAUGGAUGAAGAUCAAGACCCCAUCCUGCGGGACCUGCGGAUGCUGGAUUACCGUUACGUCCGAUUCUUUUUCAACCCAACAACCGACAAGUUUCAGAUAUCCACUGGAUGGAAAGACCCGUUGUGGUCCAACGUCCGCGAGAUCCGUUCCGGAAUCGAUAGCGAAGAGAAGACGCACCGGGAUGUGGUCUUUGGAGAGAAUCUCAUUGAUAUCGAGCAAAAGUCGGUGUUCCGGCUGCUUGUGGAUGAGGUUUUCCACCCCUUUUACGUUUUUCAAAUUGCCAGUUUGAUUCUUUGGUCGCUUGACCAAUAUUACUACUACGCCGUUGCCAUAUUUGUCAUAUCUGUCGGCAGUAUCAUAACCACGCUUAUCGAGACGAGAGCUACCAUGAAACGGCUCCGUGAGAUUUCCCGAUUUGUUUGUGACGUUCGCGUUCUUCGAAAUGGGUUCUGGCGGAAUAUCCCAUCGAGUGACCUCGUGCCAGGCGAUGUCUACGAAGUCAGCGAUCCGAGCCUUGGCCAGUUUCCAGCAGACAGUCUGCUGCUCAGCGGCGACUGUAUCGUCAAUGAAAGCAUGCUCACCGGCGAAUCCGUUCCCGUCUCCAAAAUUCCGGCCACAGACGAGAGCCUUCGACGGUUAGACCUAGCGGCGUCCACUAUGCUGCCCGAGGUGGCAAAGAACUUCUUAUUCUGCGGCACUAAGAUCAUCCGCGCCCGACGACCACAGGAAAAUCAAGACGAAGAAGCCGUGGCGCUUGCUAUGGUUGUAAGAACCGGCUUCAACACGACGAAAGGUGCCUUGGUCCGCUCCAUGCUCUUUCCUAAGCCCUCAGGCUUUAAAUUUUACCGAGACUCGUUCCGAUACAUCUCCGUCAUGGCCUGUGUAGCACUUGUCGGAUUUACCGCAUCGCUAGUCAACUUUAUUCGACUCGACCUGGAAUGGCAUUUGAUUGUCAUCCGUGCCUUGGAUCUCAUCACGAUUGUGGUCCCACCGGCGCUCCCUGCGACCCUGACUAUCGGAACCAGUUUUGCCUUGAGGAGGCUGAAGGCAAAACAAAUCUUUUGUAUCAGCCCGCAAAGAGUGAACGUAGGCGGCAAGCUGGACCUCAUGUGCUUCGACAAGACGGGGACGUUGACUGAGGAAGGGCUAGACAUCCUCGGUGUCCGCGUUGUGUCCCGGACUACGAACCGGUUUACCGGGCUCUUUACCCAACCCGAUGACUUGAUGUCAGGCCACAGGAGAGGAACCGGCGAGCUGGAUGCGGACAACCAAGCACGAAACGCUGCGCUCUACACUAUGGCAACUUGUCACUCGCUGCGGACGGUGGAUGGCGAACCGGUUGGCGACCCGCUGGAUCUCAAGAUGUUUGAGUUCACUGGGUGGUCUUUUGAAGAGGGCAAUCUGGACGGCGCCAAUGCCAACGACGAAGAGCAAGGAAACCUCCGCCCUUCAGUUGCCCGACCGCCAGCAGACAUCAAGCGAGAGGCCAACGGUACAGGGCAAACCUCGGAGCAAUCGGUCCCGUUUGAGCUUGGUGUUCUGAAGUCCUUUGAGUUUGUCUCCCAGCUUCGCCGUGCGAGUGUUCUUGUUCGGACAUUUGGCAGCCCAAGUGGGGAUAUCUACGUCAAAGGGGCGCCUGAGUGCAUGCGAGAGAUAUGCCGACCAGAGACAUUCCCUGCCGACUACGACGAGCUCCUUUCCUAUUACACACACAAAGGAUACCGCGUCAUUGGCUGUGCCACGAAGCAUAUCAAAAAGCUGAGUUGGGUCAAGGCCCAGAAGCUGGAGCGAGAACAAAUCGAGGCCGAUCUCGACUUUGUCGGGUUCAUCAUUUUUGAAAACAAGUUGAAACCCACCACGGCGGCUGUUCUCAAAGAACUACUCGAUUCGAAUAUUGGCACCGUCAUGAUUACAGGAGACAAUAUCCUGACCGCGGUCAGCGUGGCGAGGGAGUGCGGCAUGAUUAACAAAACCGCCCAUUGCUUCAUCCCCCGGUUUCUCAUCGGCCAUGCCAGGGAUCCCAGCGCCAGCCUGCAGUGGGAAAGCAUCGAUAACCAAGCUUACCAGCUGGACCCGAACACGCUCCUCCCCUUACCGGUGCCACCAUCCGAGGACGCAUCCCUUCCCUACAACAUCUCCGACCUGCGCAACUACUCCCUAGCCGUCAGCGGUGACGUCUUCCGCUGGGUCGUUGACUUUGCCCCGCCCGAGGUGAUGCGCCGAAUGCUCGUGACCGGCAAAGUAUUCGCGCGCAUGUCCCCCGACGAGAAGCAUGAGCUGGUCGAGAAACUGCAGAGCAUUGAUUACUCGUGCGGCUUCUGCGGUGAUGGCGCCAACGACUGCGGCGCGCUCAAGGCAGCCGAUGUGGGCAUCUCGCUCUCCGAGGCUGAGGCGUCCGUCGCGGCGCCGUUCACCUCGCGCGUCUUUGACAUUCGCUGCGUCCCCGAGGUGAUUCGUGAGGGUCGAGCCGCGCUGGUGACCAGCUUCAGCUGCUUCAAGUACAUGAGUUUGUACUCGGCGAUCCAGUUCACCUCGGUCAGCUUCCUGUACGCGUCGGCGUCCAACCUAGGGGAUUUCCAGUUCCUGUUCAUUGAUCUGGCGCUCAUCCUGCCCAUCGCUGUCUUCAUGAGCUGGGCGGGCCCGUUCCCGGAGCUGUGCCGGAAGAAGCCCACGGCAGAUCUGGUCUCACGCAAGGUCCUGACGCCGCUGCUGGGCCAGAUCUUGAUCUGCAUUGGCAUCCAGGCCGCGGCGUUUUUGGCUGUCCGUCGGCAACCGUGGUUUAUCCCGCCCGUCAUCAACCACGAUGAAUCGAAUAUUGAGAACUCGGAGAACACGGCCUUGUUCUUGACAUCUUGCUUCGAGUACAUCCUCGCCGGUGUGGUCCUCAACGCUGGUCGGCCGUUUCGGUGGUCUGCGAUACAUAACUGGCCAUUUGUCGCGACCAUCACCGUCACCCUCUGCAUUUCGCUGCUCAUGGUCCUCUAUCCCCCUGGCUGGCUGUACAAAUUGAUGCAAUUCACCUAUCUCAGCUGGGACUUCAAGAUGGCCAUCAUUGGCCUUGGGGUUGUGUACUUCAUACUCGCGUGGAGCGGGGAGCACUGGGUAUUUCAACCGCUCGCACGGCUGUUUGGGAAGGCAAGGCAAACGCUGCUGAAACAUACCAAGACGAGAAAGCAGUACAAGGUGAUUCAAGAACGGAUGUUAAGCCGUACUUAA